AUGGUUGCCCACGCUGACAAUCUCCGAUCGCGGAUCCCCACGCAGCCGGAUCUCUUCCGUCGCGUGUACCGCUAUACCUUCCCUCUCUGCCGGAUGCAGGGCCAGCGGAACCUCCAGUUUGAGAUCGCAGCCGAACAAUGGAAACUAUUCUUUACGCCGGACAAGGGCGGAGUCCAGUGGGAGACGGAGACGACUCCAUGGUUGGACUGGUGGAUCGAAUUCAUGGAGGAGCGCGGAAAGAAACCCGUCAACAAGGAUCUGUGGGAACAGGUUGAGGUCUUCAUGCGGAAGACUCUUGACGAUGAGCGGUUUGGGUGGUGGAGUGCGGACGGCGCAUGGCCUGGGGCACUUGAUGAUUUUGUCGUCUGGGUGCAGAAGAAGAGAGGAGAUAAUAUGGAGGUAGAGUGA